AUGUUCUCUUGGCAAUAAACUGAAAUAAGUUUCAGUUUGACCAACAUUCAGACCUUUAUUUGAUUCGAUUUAAAUGAAAUAAAUAGUUUGAAUAACUGGUUCAGUGGAGGCAGAUAGAAAACUUUACACGCUUGUCAGAAAUAUUGUGUUUGAGACAAGGUGACUCGUUUAAUCUUCUUCUCUAUCACCUCCUGCACUGAUCAUUUCCCGAAGUGUCCAUUUCAUAGAUCACUAGAGUCUCAUUAUAGAGCACUACACGGUUAACAAACACUUUGAACGCCUGAAGGAGAGCAGCUCCUCCCUGAUCGGGCCCCUCUGACGGGAUUUAGGGCCCCCCGCCCCACUGUAAGCAGCUCUCUCUCCUCCCCGGAGUUGACCGCCUGCCAGCGGACGCUUUCUUUUUCUAGGCGAUGCUAAAAGCAAGGUCUAAAGUUCAGAGUCUGAUGUGCAGAUUUGGGUCGAGUCUUUGUUUCUCUGCACCUUCUCCCUCCUCCCAUGGACUGCGUUUGUAAUGGAUCCUAUGUCCGUGAGCACGUCAGCUGCCGGUCAGGAGGAGUUCGACCGCAAUGUGCCGCGGAUCUGUGGCGUGUGUGGAGACAAAGCGACGGGAUUCCACUUCAACGCCAUGACCUGCGAGGGCUGUAAGGGCUUCUUCAGGCGCAGUAUGAAGCGCAAGGCGAGUUUCACCUGCCCGUUCAAUGGAAACUGCACCAUCACCAAAGACAACCGGCGUCACUGUCAGGCCUGUCGUCUGAAACGCUGCGUGGACAUCGGCAUGAUGAAGGAAUUCAUUCUGACAGAUGAGGAGGUGCAGAGGAAGAAAGAUCUGAUCCUGAAGAGGAAGGAGGAGGAGGCGGCACGGGAGGCACGGAGGCCUCGUCUGAACGAUGAGCAGACACAGAUCAUCAACAGCCUGGUGGAGGCACAUCACAAGACAUAUGAUGACUCCUACUCUGACUUCUCACGCUUCAGGCCUCCGGUCAGAGAGGGUCCCGUCACCCGCAGUGCCAGUCGGGCCGCGUCUCUUCACUCGCUGUCUGACGCCUCAUCAGAUUCAUUCAACCAUUCACCAGAGUCUGUGGACACAAAGCUGAACUUCAGCAGUCUUCUGAUGAUGUAUCAGGAUAACGGUGGCAGUCCAGACUCUGGUGAGGACGAUCCCUCUCGUCUGUCCAUGCUGCCACAUCUCGCUGAUCUGGUGAGCUACAGCAUUCAGAAAGUCAUUGGAUUCGCCAAGAUGAUCCCCGGAUUCAGGGACCUGACGGCAGAGGAUCAGAUCGCUCUAAUGAAGUCCAGUGCUAUCGAGAUCAUCAUGUUGAGAUCCAAUCAGUCCUUCAGUCUGGAGGACAUGAGCUGGAGCUGUGGAGGACCAGACUUCAAAUACUGCCUCAAUGAUGUCACCAAGGCGGGUCACACUGUGGAGCUGUUGGAGCCACUGGUGAAGUUUCAAGUGGGUCUGAAGAAACUGAAUCUUCAUGAAGAGGAACAUGUGCUGCUCAUGGCCAUCUGCCUGCUGUCACCAGAUCGUCCGGGCGUUCAGGAUCACGCACGCAUCGAAAGUCUUCAGGACCGGCUGUGUGACGUGCUGCAGGCGUACAUACGAAUCCAUCACCCCAGCGGCCGUCUCGUGUACGCCAAGAUGAUCCAGAAGCUGGCGGACCUGCGGAGUCUGAACGAAGAGCACUCGAAGCAGUACCGCCUGUUGUCCUUUCUGCCCGAGCACAGCCUGCAGCUCACACCGCUGGUGCUGGAGGUGUUCGGGAGCGAGGUGUCCUAGCCUCCGCGAGCCCCCCGGAAGAUUCCGGAGCCCACCGCACAGACGCUCGGUGCGGCACAGCAGAAGUGAUUCUCACUGCGGGGGACUGAAGGGACGUAAGGCUGGUGCACAGUUCUGGAUUCCUCUCUAAGCUAAAGGGAAUUUCGAAAGGAAUGUAUUAAUAAUACAGCUAUAUAUAUAUCAAUACAUAAACUAAUAUUUAUAUUUAACAGAGAGUUUGUAUGAAACGGGCAGGUGAUCCUCUGUUGUAAUAGGAUUAGCAGGCUCUUCUAGUUUAGAUGAGCGUGCGUGUGCGUGUGCGUUAGGGGUUGACCAAUUUGCCAUUUCCUUCAAACAAUGACCAUGGUUUUACUAGAGUUGAUGUGUAGUAAACAGUGGAUUGAUUUUCAUCUUUUACAUCAAGCUUGAACUGUGUUUACUGUAUGUGGUUACCAUGCUUUAACUGUAGUAACCAUGUUUGGUUUUAUUUAUAGUAAAAUCAUGGUUAAUUUUCAUAAGGAAUGAUUGAUAUAAUGACGAUUUUAUCACGAUAGAAUUCGAGAUGCGUUACAUGAGCACUCAAUCCACUAAAGGGGAUUUAUACACAUACAUUACCUGUCAAAGUUUUUGGACUUCUUGAUGCGUAAAAAAAGUCUUAGUUCUGUUUUACAUCAUGUCAGAUCAGACUCAACCAACUCUGAUCUGGUCAACUCAGACUCAUGAUUACAUCAUCUUAUCUUACACUUGCUUGUUUUCUAGCUAAAUGACUCUCUGUAGAUUACUGUGGUCAUAAUAACGUUUGGUCAGGUGUAUUUGUCCAAACCUUUCCCCGGUAGUGCAUGUGAAUAUAAUCAAUGUCAGGCCUUUCAUAACACUUCAGUUAAUCCAGCGGCAGGGUCGUGUUUAUAAUCAACCCGAUUUUAAGACAUGUAUUGGUCGACCACUGAUGCGCACGCUUGUGUUUCGUGAGUAAAUGUGUCCACAAGAGACGCACACAUUCAGAUGAGAGCAGAGCGCCUGACCUGUAAGUCUGAUGUUUGUAUAGAUCGGAUCGUAAAUGACCACAAGAGAGCGAAACCCCCCGAGAUUUACUGCUCAUAACAAAGCCACAUGGCCGCUUCAGUCCCACAUCAACGUUUAGUUCUGGACCUCCAGUCUGAAACUAAACCUCCUACACGCCUGAUAUCAUCUUCACAUCAGUCCAGUUUCAAUAUGAAUCUGCUGCUAGUGCACAACUUCGAUCAUGUUUAUCAGAGAUCAAACUUCUUUAGCAUAAAUGAAGCGUGGAUUAGAAACCACACACGUAAGAAUAAUGUUUGCUGCGUAUAAUGUAAAUGAAACUGUGUGUAGGUUAGCAGGUUCUCCGCUGCUCUCUUGUGGUCGUGAGCUGUAAAUACCACUGACUCGUAUCGUCUCUGUACAUAUGUCUCAUGAACAGAAUAGGCUUCACGCUAUGACAAAUAAUCAGCUAAAAGAAGCUUGGGAGAAAUAUGCAAGUAUGACGUUUUCCUGCGUUUUCCUUCAGAAGACGCCGGCUUUUACGACUGUAUCUAUCUUUAAUGCUUUUAGGUGCAAAUAUCACGUUGAUUUGUAUUGUUCUAAUGACUCUUGUUGCUUACGUUUUGUACGGAUUUGGACACAUCAAACUGGACAUUUUUUUAUUUUUUUGCAAAGACAUCUCAACCAGUCUGCUGCUUACGGCUGCUUCUGCGGGCCGAGACGAGAAACCAAGCUAUAAACCGGUGCUUUCAUCACUACAAACGCUGCCUCAAAACAUCCAAACACACGCACUCACACCAGACGGAACGCGCAAAGGACCGUCCCAGCUUUAACAUGCCCUCCGCCAUCAUGGCAGAAAGUUUCUGGCCGUAUUUCAUUUUAGCGGACGGACGUUUGCGAUGGACUGAAUGUUGAUCUACUGGACAAACACAGGAUGGAUUGGCUUGCAAGUAUCAUGUAUAUACCAGUUCCGAUAAGCUUCUGUUGGAUUCUGAUCGUUUGAAAGCGAAAUAUGUUUCUACUGUCAGAAGAUAAUCACAUACUGGCUCAGUUGUUGUCGGGUGGGAAACAUGUUCCUGCCCUACAAACACCCCUUUAGGUCCCCGGAAAACAGUCGACUGGAGCGCGGCUGGAUCACUCGAUGAGGGAACGACACUAAUAGCCUCCUCCGUCUUUUUCGAGCCAUCAGAAUGACACGUUGGGCUCUCCUUCAGUCCGUCAGUAUUUUAUUCAGGUUGUUUUAGAUGUACAGGUGAACUCUUCUGGACGCUUUAUGCACUUUGGAUCAGUUGAAUAUGACCGCUUUGGUCAGCCGGAAGCUUGCGCAUCACAGAACUCACAGAUACUGCCGAGAGGAAUCACAUCAACUUCAUUCACUCGUUCAGACGGUUUAUUUUCUCCUCUGUGCCAUUUCUGUUGGCGUCUGUGUUGGAUGUUAUUGGCAGCAGAACGAAGCUUUGGCUUCAGUGAUGUCAGGCUUGGUUCUGCUGCUUCACGGCUAGACUGAAGAAAUCCCGUCGUCUCAAAGGUCUCAUGUACACACCUGCUGGUUCUUCGGCACAGAUUUUGAAAUGAGCAAAUUUUAUUUGUGCAUUUGGGGGCCGCUGUGAUCCACAGAGAAUCAAAGCCUCUAGCUACAGGAAACUUUUCCAGAAGCUUAGAAGUUGGUCGGGUGGAUUUCUUGAGUCUAGCUGAGGCGCGGGCGACUUGUAUAAGGGAAACACAAACCCCCAGGUGCCGUUGUUAACCAAACUGAACUACCUCUCUCAUACACACAUGUAAGCAUUACUCCAUUCCGUGUUUGUUUGUUACAAAUCUCCUUUAUUUUUGAAAGAAACACUAAAUCCUUAUUUAUUCCUUGCCGAUUCAAAUGCUGGACUGUUUACCUCAGAUAUCUCCGUUUAAGCCUUCGGUUAAGACAGCGCCGCAAACCACAAUAUCCCCAACAUCACUCUCGUGCCAACAACACACCUCGUUCUCAGCACGCAUGUCUCCAAAGAUAAACAUUCUGUCUUCUUUCAUUCAUCCUCGUGUCAUUUUAAACCCGCGCAAGUUUCUUUCUUCUUCAGAACACAAAAGAUGUCGGUAACCAAACAACAUUGAACUCCAUUGAUGUCCAGAAGAGCACUGGGACAUUUCUCGAAAUAUCUUCUUUUGUGUUCCCCUGAAGAAAGUCUCACAGACAGAUUUACAACCACGUGAGGAGAAUAAAUGUUGACAGAUGUUUGAAUGCAGAUUGUGUUGAGAAUGUCUCGUAAGCUUGAGAUGUUUUGGUGACGUGCGUGUGGUGUCCGAACGCGUGAUGAUGGGAGAUGUUUCUGCUAGCAUGAGCGCUAGUCUUUGUCAGUAUUCAUUCUUUUCAUAUUCAGAAGCAUUGACAGCUAAAAUGGCUAAUCCCAAAGUAUACAUAAUAAGCUAGCUCUGUUAGGUACAAUUAAAAGCAGAAUGCAAAGUCUGUUUUACACUCACACGUAUGACGCUUUUCAUGUGUAUAUACAUUCUUACUGCUAUUACAUGUUACAGUUCAUGACAUACAGCCUGCUCUCCUUCUACUGCCUGCAGUCUCUUUCUGAAUCAUGUCCGGAUGUAAUUUGUUGUUUUGUACAGUCAGACGUACGUCUCUAUUUAGAAAGGUCUGUCUGAUGAAUCUGAUCAUAAGGUGAGUUUAGUUAAGUUGUAGAGUAGAGGACAUCAUCUGUAAACACCAGUGUUGGUUGAGUUACUCUGAAAAAGUAAUGAAUUACUAGUUACUAAUGACAUAUUCAAUAGUGUAAUUAGAUUACUGUACAAAUGACUCUCUCCAAAAAAUAUUUCAUUACUAAUUACUUUCUAUAUCCUACAACAACCUUGAUGAGUUCAGUGAUUCAAGUAUAGACACGAAACGGCUUUAAUUCCUUUAAAUAAAUAAUAAAUAAAUAAUUCUUAUUAACCGACCAAAGUAUACAAAUAUGAGAACAUUAAAGCAUACUUUUCAAAGUUAGACUUAUAAAUUUCAUGUCUUUUCCACUAUUGACAGAGUAUAUUACACAGUAUUUAGUUCAAUUACAUCAGAAGUAAAUGUAAUAACAUUACAGAAAAAAAUGUGUAAUCCCUUACUUUAAUUUUUCAAGGGAAAAGUAAUUAAAUUACAGAAAUUAAUGAAUUAGUAUUUAGUAACACCCAACACUGGUAAACACCCCGACCAACUCUUUCUGCUCCUCUCUCUGCUGUGUUCUCAUCCAGUUUCUCUCCGACCGACAGACCGCACACACGGGUGCGUACACAUUCACCACCAGCAUUUACUUUACCGACAAUUGUACUCACGUCACGUGUCACGUUGUGAUUUUUGAGGAUUUGAUCAGACUGAAUCUUCACUCAAGAGACUGUCAGGUCAUCCUCUUGAAACAGACACAUCUUAAGAACCUCCGUGUGCCUCCACCCCAAAGCCUUAGUUUGAGAUGGUGUCAUCAUUACAAUGUACGAUUCAUAGAAACAUGAAGCCUGAUGUGUUUGCUGUCAUUGACAUCCGCUGUCAGACUGAACGCUUGGGAUUUAGAAAUGAUAAAAACUAAAUGUUUGAGUCUGACUGUGGAUCCAAACAACAAACAGGCCAUGAGAAGCUUUUGGAAUGAGGUGCCUUUAUUCUGAAUGUUUAGUAGCAGUUUUGCUUUACCAUAAUGACAUUUAAUGGCAGUUUGUGGAUCGUUGGGCUACAUAAGACACGCAGAAUUGAGAUAUGAGAAGAGUGACCUCAGAUAGAACAUGUUUCUAUCACAGAUGAAUUGUGAUCUCAGUAACAGGAGUAUUUUGGGAUGAGCUGGUGUAAGAUCACCGUUGACGAUCCUCGUCUGUUUUUAUCACUACCGUACAGUUUCUUCUGCUCAUCUGUGUUUACUCAGGAACUACGUUGGCGCUCUCCACAGGAGACCCAGAUCAUUCAGAGAACUGUAGAUCAGAUUUCAAAGAUUAGUUCAUCCAAAAAAAACACACAUCAUCUUUUUUCAUUUCCUCUCACCCCUCAUCAUUUUAUAAAUCUACUUCUCAUAAAAGCGUUGAAGAGUCUCUUCAGUUUGGAAACAUCUCAUGCUGUGAAAACACUUCACAGUUUCUUUCAUUCAAAGCUGGAAACACUGAUGUAGAGUUUCAUUGUUGAACUGUCAGGCCGCGGAUGUUAUUUGGUCUGUACGGUUGUUCACGUGGAGCAGGACGUCCUGCCGUUUAUACCCCGUUGCAUUAGUGUUGAUGUCUCUCCCCUUGAAUGUUCCUUACGCAUUUGUUUUCUGCAUUCUAUGUAGUCGAUGAGAUGUUUUAAGAAAAAUCUCCAAUAAACAGCUGUACAUACUGAUGCAUAA